UGACCACGGCGCAGAUGCACAGUUGGUAAAGUCCAAUGUCCUCUGCCUGGUGAGUGAAGAGCAGAAGGCCACGGCUUAGUGUUAAAAAAAGGAACCAUGGUCAACUUCGUAGCACUUGCGCGUGAGCACUGGGUGAACAUAUUGGUGCCGAUGGGCUUUGUGAUUGGAUGGUAUCUUGACAAACAACAGGACCAGAAGUUGACAGCUUUCAGGAACAAAAGUGUUUUGUUCAGCAGGGAGCUGAAGCCUGGUGAGGAGGUGACCUGGAAGUAGACUGCGCCUGCGUUUCCUGUCAUCUGUGGUGUGAAUGACUGAUGUGUGGCCUCUGAAUCUGAUUAUUUAAGAAGACUCUUAUACUUCUGCUUUUGAGUUGUAUCAACCAGUAAUAAACAUGCCCUUUCUCACCAA